AUGAGCACCGAGGCUCGUCUAGCGUGUUAUCAACAAGCUGUCCAGCUCGCAGUUGAGCACCUGUUUGCGGAGACUGAGGGUGCGUUUCUGGAAUCGUUUCAUGAACUUCAGCGUGUCGUGGACGGAGGGUCGUUGACAGCGGAGCGCUUGGAAGCGCUUCGCGAGCAGUUUGUGCAACUCGUGGCGCCCUCGGCCGUAAGUGAGGCAACGUUGCUGCUGGAUGCGUUUGGUGUGAGGGAGAAGCUCAAAUAUUUGGAUUAUUUAUGUGAGCAACAACCGCCGCUUGUCGAUGGUCGCCGACACCUGGCACCAUCGAAGCUGUCGCCUUUGCGCGUUUUCCGGGUGCUGCGGCUGCGCGAAAAGGAGCACGCGCUUCAAGAGAUGCGUGAGCUGCUCGCCGAGGAGGAGUUUCGUUCACGGCAGCUGGACGAUGAAGUGACCACACUGAGGACUCGGCUAGAGGAGCUGAAACGAAGAAGCGAACGGCCGUUGGAGGAGCUGAACAGAGCUCUGCGAGCGUUGAAUGACGUGCCUUCAUCGUGA